AUGAACAUCAAUUUCGGCGCGUGUGAACGGGUUCUGUGGCCUAUAUCUAUUGCUUGCGGCGUAAUUAUGAGCAAGAUUGUAAGCACCUGCCUUCUCAUUCGUACAAUCCCUCUAGAAAUCUUAGACCCGUGUAAGGUUUGCCUGGUGUUAUGGUGCGCGUAGGUACUACUGUUCUGGCACGUUUUCACUCUCGGUAAUAGCAAAGUGGAUUGACUUACCUCAUAAAUGCCUUUGUUCAAAUGUGUUUGACAAUACUCGUAUGAUUGUCUCUUACACUGUUUCUAUCAGAUCAUCUGUGUUAGGACUUUUAUCUUUUGGCGUUGUUCAUCAUCUCAUUAUUUCUUGUCGUCAAGUUGAUCGGUCUUCUUUAAUGAUAAGCUGUUUGAUAAUCAACAGCAAGGAGAUUUUGUUUGACGGAUGCCCAUAUAUUUGUUUGAUCACAAGUUUAUAUAAUAAUAUAUGCAAGAAACUCUCACAGAUGAAUUGUAUUGUCCAAGAGUUUUGGGUAUGGAGCAGACCUUGUCACCCAGGGAAUACUCGCACCGAAUUACUGGAGAAGUGCUUUCCCGCCUUUCCUGUAUUCACUGUUUUCCAAUCGGACCAUCGAAGCACUGUUCAUUACAAAAGUAUGACGCCCUUAAGUUGCUCCAUUUGUUUGAUAGUACAGUGCAUUAUAUUGAAGCGAAUAUAUCAUAUCAUCGCCUAAUUUUAAUGUUCUCCGAUACUAGUAAUGCGGAUCAUCUAAGCUUGUUUGUUUCUCAAUUAGUGGCUUGAAUUUAUUUUUUUCCAUUGUAUCUCUAUCAUACGCCUGUUGAUUUUCUACCGGUUAAUUAUGUCACGUAUACAAGCUUUACUAUCGAUAUUUUCUCUGAUUUAUUUGAAACUUGAAAUCGUUUCUUUAUUUCUGAACUUGCUAACCUGACCCCUGCAAAAGGACAAUGCUCAGCUAAAUAACACAGAUUUUUUUUAUCAACGAAACAAGUGUCUGUCAUGUGCUCUCGAAAUCAUAAUGCCCGUCGUCUGUCCACCUGAGUCUCCUUUGAGAGCUACUAAAUCUGGUUUAUUUUUAUUUAAAGGUAAAAUUAUUUUGAAACAAGACUUGUCUAUACAUUAUGAUCUCCAACCUUUGCUGAAUCUAAUCACAAACAAGCAUUCAUUGUUUCGUUCUCCUUCUUGUAUCAGCAUAUUCGAGAGAGAAUAGUCGGAACACUCGAUUGCGCUUAAUUAAUGUUAAUUUAUGACAAUCGUUGAUGAUUGUUUUCUUAAUUCUGUUGUUGCGCCUCAGAUUUGUUGCUGGCCCAUUUGUGUGCAUGACUCUGCGAUUGUCUGUGACUAAUUAUGUUCCCCUAUGUGCAUUCAUGUUUCAUUUCGAUGUCUGUCUCUUCGAAUGAGCAUUGGGUAGUUUUUUUUUUUUUAAUGAUGCAUUUUAAUUAUUUCAAGGUCUACGAAGUGACCAGGUGUUUUAGCUCAUCGCGGUUUCAGAGUUAUUCUCGACUGAGCGAAUCGCAAAAAAUCGAGUGGAACAACCGGUGAGGAUUACUCUUUCUGGUUUCCAGUCUUCGCUCCACGCUAGAUCUUCUCCUUUCAUCCAUUUUCUUAUUAAUUUUGACUGUCAGGUUCUUGCAACUCAUCCUGCAGGGGCUUCUCUACAUUUCAUGCAAUCGUUGUAGCCAUCGUUUCUUUCUACCUGGUAGUCAUAUCAGACCUCUUCAAGGAUGGAGCUCAUCCGGAGCUCAUUAUAGACCGAAAAUCUGUUGUUUCUGAUGCCAUUUUCGGGGUAAUUUUCUGACCCUGCUUUCAUUGUACGCGUUCUUGCUCCUGGAUCUUCUCAUUUCAAUGUACUGAAGUAUUCUAUUCAAGCAUUCUCAGAAAAAGCUGAGCACAUUUAUGGGUUCUGUUUGCUGAAUUGCUAGAUCAAUGAGCGAAAUUCCUUCUAUUUCAGUCAAUUUUUUAUAUACUAGUACGCAUUUUCCACCCAGUUUCCAAAGAGUCUGAGCCUCACUGGAGCUCACAUCUUUCAAAGAUCUGUCUGUGGAACAAAAAAAAAAAGAAGAGGAAAGAGCCUCACACUUCCUCCACCCAGAUUGAAGGAAACUCUGGCUUGCAGUACCCCUCCUAAUUAGCAUGACUCUGCAAAUUUUUUGGUCAACUCAUGAUUCAGAAAGGAAACGACGAUCACCUCGCCUGAGGCCCAUUGUCACCUCAUCCAUGGCUACCCGCUGUUGUCCUGAUUUUCCAUAUAUAAAUAGCUUGCACCACAACUAUGCACAUCUUCUGUUGACUCAAAUCUGUGGGCACUUGGAUCCAGAUUUCUCUCGGCUACUUCAUCUAUGACCUGAGGAUGAUUCUUUGGCUAUUCCCGGCUUUAGGUGGCGUGGAAUAUGUAAGUAGGACCGAUUCCUUCCUGAGCUGUUAUUCUGUGAGCUGUUGUUCUUUCUGAUUCAUUUCUGCCGCGAUCUCCUGCGCAGAUUGUCCACCACGGGCUCUCCCUGUAUUCCUUUUCCCUCGCUCUCCUGAGCGGCCAGGCGCAUCUCUACAUACUCAUGGUUUUGUUCUCUGAGAUCACCACCCCGUUUGUAAACCUAAGAUGGUGAACGCCAGCUCCCAGUGCCCUCAUAUCAGCUUGCCGCCAUUUUUUCAGUGUGCAAGAAAUAACCAGGGCUUCUUCUGCAGGUAUCUGGACCUCUCCGGGCUGAAAAGUUCCAAGCUUUAUCUGUGGAACGGCAUUGCGUUGACUCUUGGAUGGCUGGUGAGUCAGACCCAUGAAAUAUUUCCAACUUGAGAAAAAUUCAGACGAAGGGCAACAACUCUCUCGGUGACCUGAUCGCCCACUGUUCGUCGACGCAGUUUGCGAGGAUCAUCCUGUUCUUCUUUCUCUUUGGCCACAUGUACCACAACUUCGAUCAGGUAAUCUCGCUCAACCUGUGAAGAUCUUCAUCCUCUCCGCAGGCCGUGUUGAUGAUCUUCCCAGGGCCUCUUCUCCAGGUGAAGACGAUGUUCACUUUAGGGUUCUACAGCCUCCUCGCCGUGCCUUCCACGCUUGCAGUGAUGAACAUCUUCUGGUUCUGGAAGAUCCUCCGCGGCCUGAAGAAGGCUCUCUCCAGAAAGACCCACGCGCAGUGA